UUUACUUUUUCUUUGGUUUUUUUUGCAAUGGUUCUUGUGGUGCUCGUGAAACUGGGCGUGGUAGCUGGCGUUGCCUUUGCCACCAAGCAGAUGGGAUUUUGGGAGAGUUCGGAGCACUCGGUUGUGCUUUUAGAGAAUGCCAAAGAACAUCUCAGGCCUUACGCAGCGGACCUGAAAGACCGGAUCUGCUGCUGGAAAUGCCAGGAGAAAUGCAAAGAGGAAUUCGAGCCGAAGCCCUGGCGAGAUUCCUGGAUAGAGUCCUGGAAUGACACCAUCAAGAAAGUCUUCCACUUCCUGAAUCAGAUGCCUAUCUACUAUUACCGCUUUUCGGAGGAUGUGCAGCAAGCCGUAACCGAUUUGGCCAAGGAAAAGGACCAGAAGCAAACCACUCCCUCAAAGGUGGACAAAACUCCGGCUAAAUCUAAUUGAAAAUUGCUCCCUUUGAACUUAGCUUUGGCCAAAAUCCAAUCAAUAAAUUUUCCCGCAAAAACAUAAA